AUGGCACCUAAAACUGAACGCAGAACUGGACGUCGUGCUGGAAAGAAGGAUGCAAAGAAGGAUGCAUCAGUCGAGAGUCUUUCCGAAAAUGUCGCAGAUAUCAAGUUGUUAGAUAAUAAUCGUUCCUCCACUGGUGUUCUUACUUCCGAGAAAAACUCUCGUGACAUCAAGGUUGAGCUUUACUCGCUUACAUCUUUCUCUCAAAAUCUGAUCAACGAAACCACUAUUGAACUCAAUUUCGGUCGUCGCUAUGGUUUGAUUGGUCCCAAUGGCAGUGGAAAGUCUACCUUUUUGCAGUCUCUAUUUGCUCGCGAAGCUCCUAUUCCUGAGCACAUUGAUAUUUAUUUACUGAAUUCUGAGUAUCCUCCCACCGAAAUGACUGCUCUUCGUGCCGUUAUUGACGAUGCUGAGAAGGAACUUGCGCGUCUUGAAAAACUUAUGGAAGACAUUAUGAGUGAGGAUCCAGAAUCUCAACUCCUUGAUGAUAUUUGCGAGCGUAUUGACGAGAUGGAUGCAUCCACUUUUGAAUCUCGUGCUGCCUCCAUUCUUAAUGGUCUUGGAUUUUCCGAUCAGCGUAUGAAAUUUAUGACCAAGGACUUGUCUGGUGGAUGGCGUAUGCGUGUAGCCCUUGCUCGUGCCUUGUUUGUCAAGCCUACUCUACUGCUUCUUGAUGAACCCACUAAUCAUUUGGAUCUCGGUGCAUGUGUGUGGCUUGAAGACUACCUUGCCAAGUAUGAUCGUAUUCUUUUGGUUAUUUCUCACUCUCAGGAUUUCCUCAACAAUGUCUGCACCAAUAUUAUUGAACUCACUUCCAAAAAGACUCUUACAUACUACUCUGGUAACUACGAUACGUAUAUCAAGACCAAAAAUGAGCUUGAAGUAAACCAAAUGAAGGCUUACGAAAAGCAGCAGACCGAAAUAGAGCAUAUGAAAAAGUUUAUUGCUUCUUGUGGUACAUAUGCCAACUUGGUGCGUCAAGCCAAAUCUCGCCAAAAGAUUCUUGACAAAAUGGAAGCUGAUGGUCUUAUCGAAAAGGUUGACCGUGCUCGCGACUUCAAUUUCACGUUUGAGUCGUGCGGUCCUUUGCCUCCUCCCGUGCUUAGUUUUACUGACAUGUCGUUUUCCUACGACGGCAACCUAAAAAAUGCCAUAUAUCGUCAUCUUGAAUAUGGUGUCGAUACCGAAAGUCGUAUUGCUCUUGUUGGACCCAACGGUGCUGGAAAAUCUACACUUUUAAAACUUAUGAGUGGUGAACUUUCACCCACUGAUGGUACUGUGGCUCGUCAUACCCAUCUCAAGAUUGGCAAGUACAAUCAACAUUCAGCUGAUCAACUUGAUCUGAAUGCUUCUGCAAUUGAUUACAUGCGCAACAAGUUCCCCGACAUGCCUCAAGAUUUGCAAUACUGGCGUCAAAACAUUGGCAAAUUUGGUCUUACCGGAAACUCUCAGCUUUGUCCCAUUUCUCAGCUUUCUGAUGGACAAAAAGCCCGUAUUGUUUUUGCUGAGCUAUCUCUUACACGUCCUAAUAUGCUUCUUCUUGAUGAACCUACCAACGCUCUUGAUAUUGAGACCAUUGAUUCUCUUGCUAGAGCCAUAAACACCUUUGAAGGUGGUGUCGUACUUGUUUCUCACGAUUUCCGUCUUAUUAGUCAAGUUGCAGAGCAAAUCUGGGUUUGUGAUAAUGGCACUAUGGAAUUGUGGGAGGGUACUAUUGGAGAGUACAAAAUUCAUCUACGGAAAGAGAUUACAAAAAACGCCAAAUGAUUAUUGCAUUGAAUGAAAACCAUAUGCAUAAU